UCCUUUCCCAGGACUCAGUGAUGGGGGUGAGAGGUCUGCAGGGGUUUGUGGGAAGCACCUGCCCACAUGUAUGCACAGUGGUGGAUCUCAAGGAACUGGCUGAGAAGCACCGCACCAGGUACCCGGGAUGUAUUCCCACCAUUGUGGUUGAUGCCAUGUGCUGUCUCAGGUACUGGUACACUCCGGAGUCUUGGAUCUGCGGUGGCCAAUGGCGAGAAUACUUUUCUGCUUUGCGAGAGUUUGUUAAAACCUUCACAGUAGUUGGCAUCAAGUUGGUUUUCUUCUUUGAUGGAAUGGUGGAGCAGGGCAAGAGAGACGAGUGGGUGAGAAGGAGGCUCAGAAACGGCAGGGAGAUAGCUAGGAUCUUCCAUCACCUCAAGACACAUAGGGAGCAGCCAGGCAGGAACAUGUUCUUCAUCCCCUCAGGCCUGGCCAUAUUUACACGCUUUGCGCUGAAGACACUGGGUCAGGAAACCCUGUGCUCCUUACAAGAGGCAGACUACGAGGUGGCUUCCUAUGGUUUGCAGCAUAACUGCCUUGGGAUUCUCGGAGAAGACACAGAUUAUCUCAUCUAUGACACGUGCCCCUACUUGUCCAUCAGCGAGCUCUGCUUGGAGACCCUCAGCACCGUCAUGCUGUGCAGGGAGAAGCUGUGUGAGAGCCUGGGUCUCCAGGUGGCAGACCUCCCUCUGCUGGCCUGCCUGCUUGGAAAUGAUGUGGUCCCCGAGGGCAUGUUUGAAAGCUUUCGUUACAGAUGCUUGUCUUCUUACACCUCUGUAAAAGAGAAUAUCAACAAAAAAGCUAACAUGAUCUUAGCGGUGUCAGACCAUAUAUCCAAAGUCCUUCAUGUGCAUCAAGGUGAGAAAGCCUUGGAGGAGAUGCUACCUUUGGGACCAAAUAAAGCUCUUUUUUAUAAAGGAGUGGCAUCAUAUCUUUUGCCAGGACAGAACUCUCCAUGGUUUUUUCAAAAACUCAAAGGUGAAAUAACUUUGAAUAAGCAAGUAAUAUCUGUGGGUCCAGAGCCUGAGGUCAAGCAGGAAGUGCCCAUGUGUACAGAGCCUGAGGUCAAGCAGGAAGUGCCCAUGUGUACAGAGCCUGAUUCCAAACAGGAAGUUCCCAUGUGUACAGAGCCUGAUUCCAAACAGGAAGUUCCCAUGUGUACAGAUUCUGAUUCUAAGCAGGACAUUUCCAUGUGUACUGAUCCUGAGUUGAAGCAAGAAGUUCCCAUGUACACCGACCCUGAGUCCAAGCAGCAAGUUCCCAUGUGUACAGAGCCUGAAGUCAAGCUAGAGUUGCCUAUAGGAACAGGCCCAGAAUUUAUGCAAGAGGCAUCCAUAAGUACAAAUCUGGAGGUCAAACAAGAAGACCCCGUGGCUGUGGGGUAUGAAAUAAGGCAACCAAUAACUAUGGUUUCAGACCCUGAAAUCUUACAGAUUGCUCGAACACAUCAUGUGCAAGCAGAAAGCUACCUGGUGUACAAUAUUGUGAGCAGCGGUGAGAUCGAGUGCAGCAACACCUUGGAGGACGAGCUGGACCAGGCUCUGCCCAGCCAGGCCUUCAUCUACCGGCCCGUGCGGCAGCGUGUUUACUCCCUCCUGCUGGGGGGCAGUGAAGAUGGCACCAGCGCCGGCCCGGCUGUCAAGGAGUGGUUCGUGUACCCUGGAAACCCGCUGAAGCACCCUGACCUCGUCAGGCCUCUGCAGAUGACUGUGCCAGGGGGAACGCCUAGUUUGAAACUGUUAUGGCUGAACCAAGAGCCAGAAGCUCAGGCUCAGCGCUUGGAGACCCUGCUGGCCUGUUUCAACCUCUGCUCCUCUAAGGAAGAGCUACAAGCCAUCGAAAGCCCCUUUAGGGCUUUAUGCUGCCUGCUCAUCUACCUGUUUGUCCAGGUGGACACUCUUUGCCUGGAAGACUUGCAGGCCUUCAUUGCUCAGGCUUUGUGCCUCCAAGGAAAGUCUACUGCACAGCUCAUAAACUUGCAGCUCGAUUACAUCAACCCCAGAGCUGUGCAGCUCGGCUCGCUCCUGGUCCGUGGCCUCACCACCCUGGCCUUGGUCAACAGUGCUUGUGGCUUUCCUUGGAAGACCAAUGAGUUCAUGCCCUGGAACGUAUUUGAUGGGAAGCUUUUUCAUCAGAAAUACCUGCACUCAGAAAAAGGACACUCUGUGGAGAUUCUUCUUGAGCAGAAUAGGUCUCGGCUCACCAAGUUCCACAACCUGAAGGCUGUGGUUUGCAAGGCCUGCCUGAAGGAGAACAGACGCAUUGUGGGCAGAGCGCACUGGGACUCACACCACACAGGGAGGUGGGGAAGACAGGGCUCCAACUCCCACAGGACAAGCUCUGGCUACAGCCGCUCUGGGCAGGGACAGCCGUGGAGGAACCAGGGACCAGGAAGCAGACAGCAUGAGCAUGACCAGCGGAGAAGGUACUAGCAGGCUCCCCAGGUGGGCUUCUGCAGAGCAGCCCAGGAGCCAUCACACACAAUGACCUCCCCACACAGUGCUCAGAAUGGACUGCCCUGCUUCAACUGCCUGUGAUGUAGCCAUGCCUGCAUACCUCUGUGCAGGAAAGACGUCUCUGCCAGCUUCUCCCUCACAUCUGCCUCUCCUAGCUUCUCCCUCACAUCUGCCCCUCCCAGCUUCUCCCUCACAUCUGCCCCUCCCAGCUUCUCCCUCACAUCUGCCCCUCCCAGCUUCUCCCUCAUGUCUUGCAGGAAAGCUUUAAUUGGUGCCUCCUCAGAGGCUUCCCAUGCCAUGUUGUUAGCCUCCUCAUAUGUUUGUCUUGCACAGCCUGUGCUUUCUUUAAUAAACUGGAAGCCAGCUGUAGCAUUCCGUUACACUUGACUGAGAAGUUGUUUCCCACAUCAAAACAGAAACAAACAAACUGUCUUCCAGCAGAAACUCCAAUCAGAAGGGAGGAAUCCAGCUGCUGCUUGUCUUGGCUUUGAAGCUCUUGAUGGGGAAAGGAGUCACAUGAUGCUCUGGCCUUCCUGUCAGUGUGGCUCUGGGUCUCCUCCUGUUCUGUCACUGUGUGCUGCACAGAUGCCCAGGGCCCGACAGGGAGCCACUGAGCAGCGCUUGUUGCUCCUACCUGUGAGUGCUGAAGGACUGUUAUUUUCCAAGGGAGACUUUUCAGACAGUCCAGGAACUGAACAUUGCAUCCCCAAGUCGUGCUGAGCUCUGUAACAGCCAGAGUUUUGGUCACAGAAGGUGUUGUGGAUUAGGGGAAAAAUACAGCUCCCUGAACCCAGAGCUCCCCCUGACUGCUAGCUGCCACCAGCAGUUCCGGGAGUGCUUGGUUCCUUAGGAAAUGACUUGCCCUGAAAAGUCAGAGCAGGUGGUUCUUGCUUUGGCAGCAUACAAUAAAGAGGUUAGCAUGGCCGCUGCACAGGGAUGACAUGCCAAAGAUCAAAGCAAGCCCCUGAAUGUUGUCACACACAAUGAGCUGUGCUGUGCACACAGCUCCAGGUGUUAUUCUGCCUACAAUUCUGUCUGGCAUCUCUCAGAAGUAGCAAGAAUCUCCAGUAUCACACGUUUGACUUCUUAGGGUUGAAAUAUCCUGCCCACUUUCACUGCAUUUUUAAAAAUCUCUAUUUUUAUUUAUUUGAAAGAGUGACAGAUAUCGUCCAUCCACUGGUUCAGUCGCUAAAUGUCCUUCAUUGAGGCUGGGCCAGUCUGAAGCCAGGAACCCAAACUUCAUCUGGAUUUCUCACAUGGAUGGAGUGGACCCAGUCACUUGAACCAUCACUGCUGCCUGCAGGGCACACAGUGCCGGAAGUUUGGAUGCUGGGUGCAGCCAGGACUGGACCCAAGCACUUGGACUUGUGACUUAGUUCAGCGCCCGCAGAGCUCUGCCUGAUUUCAUACCUAUCCUGAAGGAUCUGGCUUUGGUGUGAGUUCACCUCCAUUCCGCUUUUGCUCCUGCACCACUUGAAAUCACUGCUGCUUGUACAAGUUCAUCCCAGUUCUGUUGCUUUGCUGCUUAUUUGCAGAACUUUGUAGUAAAGUCCUGAUCCCUUAUUUCAGGGGUAACGACUACCCAGCCUGGACUGCAGGCCUCUGGUCAGGCCCUGCCACAGCUACCCAGGCAGGACUUGAAGUUGGCAGUGGUAAUUGGACAGCAUUAGUCAAAAACCUAAAUAUGUAUGUUUUGAAACAAACC